AUGGAAGUCCUGGCUGACACACUGCGGCAAAUCCGCAAUGACAAGCAGGUGGUGCGCUCGGGAGACAUUUUGCGGGCCAAAGAUGCCGAUUUCGUCAUCAUCAAGUCUGAUCCUUCUCAGGGAUGCCUCGGAAUGGAGACGGACUUCUUCUUGGAGGGCUCCCCCCUGCCAUGCUUCACGAAAGUCCAAUUCAGUGCCUGGGGACAGACGCAGAUGACUCCCGAGACGCUGUUCAGACAGUACAUAAAGCCGUUCUUCAAGCGGGAGCCAGCGCACAUUGAGGCUCAGGGCUUGUUUGAAGGGUUCAAGAAUUUCCCUGGGUUUCGCGGUGUUUGCUUCCUCAACAGGUGUUCGCAAGUGGCCUACUUGGCGGUUCCUCAAAGCUCCAAGCGCGCCACAGGUGAAGACCAAGCCUAUCAAAACCUGGAAGUUCUGGCUUAUGGGCUUCAUCCUGCAUUCAUCCUGCAACUGAUAAAGUCCAGGCAGUUCCCAUAG